UUUAAUGUUUGAACUCGCAGAGGUCGUUGUGAUCAGUGGGUACUAUAAUUUUCAGCCAGUCCGCAAUGGUCCGUCUAACCUAUGCCCUCGUCUGUGCCUUGUGUCUUCUGUUUACUGUAGCUAGUCCAGUGGCAAGAAGAAGUCGAGAUCGUGCAAGGUCUUUUCGUUGCAGAAAAAAUGUUACUUGCUCGGCGGAUGGAAGAACAUUCCAGGCCAAGGAACAGUACGAUAUUCCCGGUCAAUGUUCCAGGAAUGUCUGCAUGGGUGAGAACAUAUGGUCUCUGAAUCCAUGUGAUGACGUUGGAACACCUUUCGGUUGGACCUUAAUUCCUGACGAUCCGACGAAGCCAUACCCACAGUGUUGUGCACACGCGGUUCCUCCGCAGAGCAUUUUCCAAGAGUUAGUGGAUGAAAUUCAGUGGAAUGACAUCCAGGAGGAAUCUUAUGACAGUGGAGGAGUCAAUGCGGAGGUCCACAACGAGCAGCCUCCUACUCAAGUGAGGAGUCAACCGGAAGUCAAAUAUGCAGCGGAGCCAACAGGAUGGUACAUGCUGGUAAUGGUGGACCCUGACACUUCAAAUAUUAAAGACUCUACAGUUAUGUUACACUGGAUUUUGGGUAACAUUCAAGGAGAUGAUGUCUCUAAUGGGGAAAUCGUAGCAGAACACGUUGGUUCCGAAUCACCUCAAAGGAGGGGGUUUCACAGGUAUCUUAUUCUGCUUUACAAGCAGCGUGGGAAACUCACAUUCGAAGAUCCAAGAGUGUCAAACUCCACUGAGAAUCGUCACAAAUUCUCAAUACAAGACUUUGCAGAAAAAUGUGAAUUAAGUAAUCCCGUGGCCCUAAAACUAUACCAAGGUUAUUCAGUAAAAAGAAAGCAGUGGAGCCCAGUGCUGUGGACCGAUGAGUCUUGGUUCUCCCUGAGAUCAUCAGACGGUCGUGAAAGAGUGUGGAGACGGGCUGGAGAGAGGUUUGCUCAAUGUGCAAUAUCGCCAAGAGACAGUUUUGAUGGUGGGUCCAUAAUGGUUUGGGGAGGAAUUUCAAGAGAGGCUCACACAGAGCUUGUAAUUGUUAAUAGACGGACAUUAAAUGCUGAAAGCCCGGAUCUUAAUCCAUUAGAACACAUCUGGGACGUCAUGGGAAGAGCAAUUAGAAAUCGUCGAGUUGAGUUGCACUCUUUUCAACACCUUGGCCAGGCCCUGCAGGAGGAGUGGAAUAACUUGGACCAGGAGGUGAUACGGGGUUUGAUUGACAGCAUCGGUCGCAGACUACAGGCAGUCAUCAGAGCCCGAGUGGGUACUAUAAUUUUCAGCCAGUCCGCAAUGGUCCGUCUAACCUAUGCCCUCGUCUGUGCCUUGUGUCUUCUGUUUACUGUAGCUAGUCCAGUGGCAAGAAGAAGUCGAGAUCGUGCAAGGUCUUUUCGUUGCAGAAAAAAUGUUACUUGCUUGGCGGAUGGAAGAACAUUCCAGGCCAAGGAACAGUACCAUAUUCCCGGUCAAUGUUCCAGGAAUGUCUGCAUGGGUGAGAACAUAUGGUCUCUGAAUCCAUGUGAUGACGUUGGAACACCUUUCGGUUGGACCUUAAUUCCUGACGAUCCGACGAAGCCAUACCCACAGUGUUGUGCACACGUGGUUCCUCCGCAGAGCAUUUUCCAAGAGAUAGUGGACGAAAUUCAGUGGAAUGACAUCCAGGAGGAAUCUUAUGACAGUGGAGGAGUCAAUGCGGAGCUGGGCAACAAGCAGCCUCCUACUCAAGUGAGGAGUCAACCGGAAGUGAACUAUGCAGCGGAGCCAACAGGAUGGUACAUGCUGGUCAUGGUGGACCCUGACACUUCAAAUAUUAAAGAGUCUACAGUGAUGUUGCAUUGGAUUAUGGGUAACAUUCAAGGAGAUGAUGUCUCUAAUGGGGAAAUCGUAGCAGAACACGUUGGUUCCGAAUCACCUCAAAGGAGGGGGUUUCACAGGUAUCUUAUCCUGCUUUACAAGCAGCGUGGGAAACUCACAUUCGAAGAUCCAAUAGUGUCAAACUCUACUGAGAAUCGUCACAAAUUCUCAAUCCAAGACUUUGCAGAAAAAUAUGAAUUAAGUAAUCCCGUGGCCCUAAAACUAUACCAAGGUUAGUUGCCAUAUCCACAAGUAACUGAGAUUCCAAAAUGAUUGACGAAUUGAAUUGUUAUUAAAUGGGAAUUUACUGUGCCA